CAUUUAAAAAGCUGUCCCAAGCAGCUUUGCCAUUUGUAGUUAACGGACGGCCCUCACAGCCUCUUUGCUCUCUCUCUCUCGGGGGUUUGAGGGACUUCAAGCCAGGGUGUCGGAGAGGGACGGUUCUCUUUCUCUCUCAUCAACCCUCUCUCUCUCUCUCUACAGUCCUCGUUCCCAGCCCCCAGGCAAGUCUCCCUCGCUUCUACUGCCGAGUUUGUCCUCAACCGUCUUCCACCCUCCCUCGGUAUGCGCCGCUUCUUUCAGGGUUAGCAGAAGCAUCGCCAUGUGUUAGCGGUCGCUGGAGCUCGGCUACCUCGAUUGAAACUGGGAUAUAGUUUUCUAUCACAUGGCUUGGACCGAAAAAGAUGUUGGUGAUGGUAGAGAGAGAGAUGCAACGAGAGACAAUGGUUUCUUGAAAGGAUCACGGCCUUCUACAAGCACCAGUGGCUCUCCAGGGUAUGUAACACCUUUACAGAAUGGGUUUGAAGGGAAGGAUGCUCUUUCUUAUGCCAACAUUCUUCGCUCUCGGAACAAAUUUGUCGAUGCUCUUGCUUUGUAUGAGAGUGUCCUUGAGAAAGAUGGUGGAAAUGUUGAAGCUCACAUCGGCAAAGGGAUUUGCCUCCAGAUGCAGAGCAUGGGAAGAGUUGCAUUUGAGAGUUUUGCAGAAGCAAUCAAGCUUGACCCACAAAAUUCAUGUGCCCUCACGCAUUGUGGUAUUUUGUACAAGGAUGAAGGUCGCCUGGUAGAGGCUGCUGAGUCAUAUCAGAAGGCUUUGAAAGCAGAUCCUUCAUACAAGCCUGCUGCUGAAUGUUUAGCAAUUGUUCUAACAGAUCUUGGAACCAGCUUAAAGCUUGCAGGCAACACUCAGGAGGGAAUUCAGAAGUAUCAUGAAGCUCUGAAAAUAGAUCCACACUAUGCUCCUGCAUAUUAUAACCUUGGUGUUGUUUAUUCGGAAAUGAUGCAAUACGACACUGCUCUUACCUGCUAUGAGAAGGCUGCAUUAGAGAGACCCAUGUAUGCUGAAGCUUAUUGCAACAUGGGUGUCAUCUAUAAGAACCGUGGAGACUUGGAAUCAGCCAUUGCCUGUUAUGAGAGGUGUCUGGCUGUGUCUCCCAACUUUGAUAUUGCAAAGAAUAAUAUGGCAAUAGCCCUGACAGAUUUAGGAACUAAGGUUAAAUUGGAAGGAGACAUCAAUCAAGGUGUGGCAUAUUACAAGAAGGCUUUAUAUUAUAAUUGGCACUAUGCUGAUGCCAUGUAUAAUCUGGGGGUUGCUUAUGGUGAAAUGCUAAAGUUUGACAUGGCCAUUGUUUUUUAUGAACUCGCUUUCCAUUUCAAUCCCCAUUGUGCUGAAGCUUGCAACAAUUUAGGGGUUAUAUACAAAGACCGUGACAACCUUGAUAAAGCAGUGGAGUGUUAUCAGUUGGCUUUAUCAAUCAAACCAAACUUCUCACAAUCAUUGAACAAUCUUGGGGUUGUUUACACUGUCCAGGGUAAAAUGGAUGCUGCUGCAAACAUGAUUGAGAAAGCUAUAAUUGCAAAUCCUACAUAUGCAGAAGCUUAUAAUAACUUAGGGGUUCUUUACAGAGAUGCUGGUAGUAUAUCUUUGGCUAUCGAAGAAUACGAGCAAUGUCUUAAGAUUGAUCCUGAUUCCCGCAAUGCAGGCCAGAAUCGAUUGCUUGCAAUGAAUUACAUAAAUGAGGGAAAGGAUGAGAAACUUUUCGAGGCUCACAGAGGCUGGGGUAAGCGGUUUAUGAGGUUAUAUCCACAGUACACUUCAUGGGACAACCCAAAAGAUCCAGAACGGCAACUUGUUGUUGGAUAUGUAUCACCUGAUUAUUUUACUCAUUCGGUAUCAUAUUUCAUUGAAGCACCUCUUGUCUAUCAUGACUAUGCAAAUUACAAGGUGGUGGUUUAUUCAGCAGUUGUGAAGGCGGAUGCAAAAACUAUGAGAUUUAAAGAGAGAGUUGUGAAAAAGGGUGGGAUAUGGAGAGACAUAUAUGGGAUUGAUGAAAAGAAGGUUGCGAGCAUGGUUAGAGAAGAUAAGGUCGACAUUUUGGUUGAGCUUACAGGUCACACAGCUAACAAUAAGUUAGGUAUGAUGGCAUGCCGACCAGCACCUGUUCAGGUGACUUGGAUUGGUUACCCAAAUACAACUGGCUUGCCAUCCAUUGAUUAUAGACUCACUGAUUCACUGGCUGAUCCUCCUGGUACUACACAGAAGCAUGUUGAGGAGUUAGUUCGGCUACCAGAAUGCUUCCUUUGUUAUACACCUUCCCCCGAAGCUGGGCCCAUUUCCCCAACUCCUGCUCUUUCCAAUGGCUUUAUAACUUUUGGCAGCUUUAAUAAUCUAGCGAAGAUAACUCCUAAAGUGUUGCAAGUUUGGGCAAGAAUACUAUGUGCAGUUCCAAACUCCAGACUUGUUGUAAAGUGUAAGCCCUUCUGCUGUGAUAGCGUAAGGCGCAGAUUUCUUUCAACAUUGGAGCAGCUGGGGUUGGAACCUCUACGGGUUGACCUUCUUCCUCUAAUUCUUCUUAACCACGACCAUAUGCAAGCAUAUGCUCUUAUGGACAUUAGUUUGGAUACUUUUCCAUAUGCUGGAACCACGACAACAUGUGAAUCUUUGUAUAUGGGAGUUCCAUGCAUUACUAUGGCUGGUUCAGUACAUGCUCAUAAUGUUGGCGUGAGUCUUCUCAGCAAAGUCGGGUUGAGACAUCUCAUUGCUAAAAAUGAGCACCAAUAUGUCCAAUUGGCACUGGAUUUGGCAUCUGAUAUUGCCCGUCUAUCAAAUUUGAGGAUGAGCCUCCGAGAUCUCAUGUCAAAGUCCCCUGUCUGUGAUGGACCAAACUUCGCUCUCGGUUUAGAGUCAACAUACCGGAAAAUGUGGCGCAGGUACUGUAAAGGUGAUGUGCCAUCUUUAAGGUGCAUGGAAGUACUACAACAGCAGGAAGGUUCUGAAGAGCCAGAUGUCAAGUUUUCUGAGCCAACAAGGAUCACGUUGCCAAGAGAGAGUCCUCUUGGAUCUGCUAAGACCAAUGGAUUUAAUCUGGUCUCACCAUCCAUGCUGAAUGUCUCCACCCAUGAGGAGAAUGGCCAGUUGAAUGGGACUACCAACUUGGGCAAAUUGAGCUAGCUGAUCUUAAACUUGAUUUAUUUGGAAUGUUGGAGGCUUUCUUAGUGAUUGGUGGAAUAUAUAUUAUACGCCCUGCUUGGAAUGUGUAUUACCUUUGUUGUGCCAGAUUAAGCCUUCAGUAGAGUAUUGUUGUUGAGGCUUCUCCCGCUGAAAUUGGGGCUUGGGUAUUUAUGUCAGCAACUGCAACAUAGGGUAACAUUCGAGUACAAGAUCAAUUUUUUUCGGGAAAAGAAUGCUGGGUGCUGGCAGUGCUUCAUUGUUUAUCAAUGCGAUUCAAAGCAAUGCCCUGGGCUGCUAUUGCAUGGUAUGUUGCGUUCCUUUCCCUGAAUCAUAGAAAUUAGUGAUUGUAAAUUACAAGGAUAUUUUUUCCCCCUCUUUUGGAAUAUGGCCUGUUCUUUGAUUUUAGAAUGGCAUUGUUGGUCAGUCACUUGGGGGUGUUUUAAGUUGUAUCUUGAGUUUGUGUAUGCUGGUUACUUGAGAGUUGAGAUUAUAUACAGCAGAAAUGAUAAAAUAGAGCUGCAAUUCUAAUUUUUGAGUCACUCAAUUAGAAGAUACAGGGGGGCAAAACUUGCAGUUUAGGCCGAUUCCAAACCCUCAAAUUCGUGUUCAUUUAAUGGAGACUUCUUGCUCCAUUGAACUCUUUCAAUAUGUGAACUCUAUGUGUGAAUUUCCACCAUAAAAGGAAUUAUCUCAAUUCAAAA